AUGCCGGCCCAGCGAACUUUGGCAGCACGGUUUCCCGGCGGGAAUCGACGAUACGAAUGCCUAGGUUUUUUCGGAGGUGAGAAAAGCCCUUCUGUUACUAGUAGUCGAUUGCUUUUAUCGCUGUUCAAGUUCCCGCAGAUGGACUUUGAGAUGGCGAUUUGGGAAAUGACGUCGCUACUUGUUGCGCCGAAGAAAGUGUUCAAGUCCAUGUAUUAUCAUGUUAAAACAAAAAACACCUGGCACCGGCCUGACCCCUCUUUCACAUACCUCCUCUCCUUCUUCCUCUUCCUCACCGCCCUCGCCUGGGGUUUAGCAUACACACCCUCUUUCGGCGCCAUAGCGCGUUUAUCCCUCCUUUUCAUAUUCGGGCACUUCAUCGGCUCGUCCCUCCUCGUCUCGACACUGGCAUAUUUUCUCGUUGGGAGGCUUUUCGGACCCGGUGGGCCUGCGGCGAAAAUCGGCGAGUGGAGGGGUGGCUGCGGCGAAAAUCGGCGAGUGGAGGGGUGGCAAGGCUAUGCGCAGGGGCUGUUUGCGCAGCCUGGUGAGAAGGAGCAGGUUGAGUUUGGAUAUUGUUUUGAUGUCUCGAACCGUGCCUUCUUCCCACUAUACCUACACCUAUACGUCCUUCAAUUCCUCCUCCUCCCAAUCCUCAUACGACAUUCAUCAUCCACCACCGAAUCACCGCCCAGCACCCUCGCCACAUUCCUCGGGAAUACCCUAUACCUCUCCGCGCUGACAUAUUACACCUAUAUCACCUUCCUGGGAUAUAACGCCCUUCCAUUUCUCUACCAUACGGAACUCCUACUCAUCCCUAUUCUUAUCCUCACCGUAUUGUGGCUGGUCAGCUUGAUCGUGGGCUGGGGAGUAGUGGGCCAGGGGCUGGCCGUCGAGGGGCUGUUUUGGGGGGUAUGA